AUGCCCCGGGACUCUAUAACUGCUUUUGUGGCUGGAGCUACCGGCUACCAAGGUGGUGCCACUGCCCGUCAACUCUUGAACGCCGGGGUUCAGGUUCAUGCGCUGGUCCGGGACACGUCGUCAAAAGCUGCUAUCGAUCUCCAAGCCCAGGGAGUUCAAUUGUUCCUGGGCGACUUUGAUAAUACGACGUCUCUGAAGGCUGCUAUAUCUGGCGCGAGUGCUAUAUUCCUCAAUGUGACACCAGAUCCGCUUGACUCAAGCCUGGAGGUUAAGCGUGCCAAAAAUAUCAUAGACGCUGCCAAAGAAUCUGGUUCUGUCUCAACCAUGAUCUACUCCAGUGUGGCAAUGACAGGAAAGCACGAGACAUUUCCGAACUGGGGGCCGGAAUAUCCUCUGGCAUGGUACUGGACAAACAAAUCCCAAAUCGAGAUGAUGGUGCGGAAUGCUGAGUUCCAAUAUUGGACUAUCUUACGACCAGCAUUUCUCAUGAACAACUACCAUCAGCCGAAGGCUUCUUCCAUGUUUCCUGAGUUGGUCACGAAUUGCGUCUUCUUGACGGCAUACAAUCCCAACACACGAAUGACUAUGGUUGAUCCCGGUGACGUCGGCAAAUUCGCAGCAGCAGCUGUUCUUGAACCACUACGCUUCAAUAGGUGUGAAAUCGACUUGGGCGCUGAGUCCCUCAAACCGGCAGACAUUGUGCGUGGACUGAGCUUAGCGAGUGGGAAGGAAAUUGCUCUUGAAUUUUAUUCUCGAGACGAGGCAGAGCGCCGCGCUGCGAGUGAUCCGAGACUUUGGGCUCAGCUGUGGGCGAAUGAGGUUGGAUAUCAGGUCAAUUUUAAGGCGUUGGAAAAGUAUAAGAUCGAAAUGACCAGCUUUUCCAAAUACCUCGAAGAGCACCGGGAUGCUGUAUUACAAACUUUUGUUUAA